AUGAAACUGUUAGCAGCAUAUAGCAUUGCAGCUUUGUUAGCCGUAACAUUGGCAUCUGAUAAGUUACAGAGCGAAGAGAAAAAUGAAGCUGAUCAUCCUGUUUCGAUUCUACAAAAACUGGCAUUUCCAUAUUAUGCGAUGUUUGCGACAUCAGCCCAAUGGAUAUACGGUUAUUUCGAUGCUGAAAUGCCAAUUAACACAAAAGUCGCUUGGUGGACAGUUUUUCUUGCUGGCGACGGACUUAAUUCAGCUAAGGAUAUUGUGCAAGCAUGCAAUACAUGCAAGGCCAGACAUGAAGAUCCCCCUGGUGGCUCUUGUACCCAAGAUACAAUGACGGCCGUACAAAGUGUUCUUCUAAAUUUAGUUGCUGGAUAUAUAGGGUGGCACUUAACAAAUUCAAACACUUUCAAUCGCAGUUUAAAGUGCCAAGAUACAGAAAAUCUCUCGAUUGUAGAAAAGAGUGCAAUUAUGUUUCACACUUAUGUUUUAGCAGGCUUUCGGAGAAUAAUCGGUUACUGCAAUAGACCUUUGCCAGUUUGGGUAGAACCUGGGUGGUGGGUAGCUCUCGUUAUUGUAGAUGGCAUUAUAUUUGGUAGAGCUACUCAAAUGGAGAACGCUUACAACUCAUGCGUGGCCAAUCAUAUAGAUCUUCUUAGCGGAUCUUGUCAAGAUGACCUAUUGACUGUCUUACACGGCAUUGUAAGAACUGUUACAUUUGGGAUUAUACCAAAAAUAAUUAUUUUAUUCAGCAAACAGUGUCACGUCUGCCAUGGAACGCUAAAAAGAAAUGAUAUGUGUUUAGAAAUAGGCGAGAAAUCAAAAUCAAAACAUGAAACAUUAAACACCAAUGGAACGCUCCAUAACAAUUUAAAGAAAGAUGAAAAUGACUUUCGAGUGCCAGGGAGAAAUUAA